AUGAGUAAAAUUUAGAAGGGUUCAUAACUUCCUCCUUAAUCAAGAUAAUUCAAAAUACGCUAAUAAGAUUCAAAUUCUGUUAAAAAAAGUUUUUAAUAUAACCUCAAUCCAGCUAUAAAGAAAAAUACCUAUCAAAUUUAAACAAUUAUAACUACAACAUAAAAUAAGUCCUAAAACCGUUAAAAUAGCAAUCUUACAGAUUAAUAAAUUAUUAAAACAAAUACUUUGUAACCAUAAUUUUAAUAAAAUUUUCAAGGUGUUACUAAAGAAGAGAAUAAAUUAAUACACAAUUAUCAAAAAAUGCCAUUACAUUAAGUUAGAGGAGAAUCACUUCAAUAAAAUUCUUUCGUUUCUAGAAAUGAGAAAUAUAAGGCUUCAAUAUCAUAAUUUAGAUCUCCUCAAAAAGGUUAGUUUAUUUAAUAAAACAAUUAUUAAUUAAUUUCUAAUUCAUAGAACAAACAAAAUGAUUAGAAAAUAGCAGAAAGUUAAAGUCCAAACUUAUACAUAACACCAAAACCUAAUUUACCUAUCAACGAUUCAGAAUUAUAAAAAAACUGUUAUUUAUAUCCAAUAGCUUUAUUUUUAGGUAACUCAGGUGUUGGUAAAACAUCAUUAAUAAAAAUUAUAUUUAAAGAUUAGGUUAGUAAUUUAAAAGAAUUUAAAUUAUAUCCAGCAAGAAUAAAUGAUUCUUUAAUUUAUAAUUUUGUAGAUACAAAAGGAUUUGAUUUUGAAUCAAAUAUAGAUGAGAGAGAAGAAUAAAUAAAACUCUAUAAAUCAAUAUUUUAUAAAUAUCCAAAUAAGGUAGGAUCUCUUUUUUUAGUUGUUAAUUUUGAAAGAACUGAUCUAAUGAAAAAAAAAUUAUUGUCAAUAUAUAAGUUCUUCAGAAAAUUUUCCUCUAUUAUAAGCAUAAUUAUAACAGAAAUGUAACUAAGCGAUAAUCAAAAAUAAAGUGAAGCUGAAUUGAAAAAAAAUUUUGCAUAUUUCAAACCUUAAAAUAUUAUAUUUGUAAGAAGAGAUAUACAAAGAGAAGAAUUAAUAUAAAAAUUGAGUGAAAAGUCAUUAAAUAAGAUUUAAGCUGACUAUCAAUUCAAUGUUGCAGAUACUAUUUUUGAAAAGGAAGAUGAAGAAGAAAUGAAAAAGCUAUAAAACUAACUAAUGUCAAGAUUUAAAUGA